AUGAAUAAUUUAGAAAUUGAAAAGAUCCAAUCUUUGGAACGUCAAGUUAAGAAAUUGGAAAAUAAAAUUGAUCAAAUUGAAAGGGAAAAACAACAACAAUUUGAAUAUUUAAAACAAACAUUGGAUUUUUAUAUCAGUAAAGUUGAUAAAUAUCCAGCUUAUGUUGCCAAUAAUGAUGGAUUAUUAGCAUUAUCCACAAUGCAAGAAAAUGAUGUUAAUGAUCAAGUUAAUCAAGUUAAUCAAGAAGUUGAACAUCAUGUAAGACAUCAUCAAGUACCUCAAUCACAUCCAGGACAUCAUCAAAUACCUCAUUCUAAUCAUUCACAUUUCAAACCUGAUGAAGGUUUAAGUUUAGAAGGUAAUAUUCAUCCUGAUUUACAAGUUGCUCAAGCACAAGCACAAGCCCAUGCUGUUGUUGCAAGUGCUGCAAGAGCUGCAAAUUCAACUAAUGGAUUAGAUGAUUUCGAUAAAGCCAAAUUAGUGAAAAGAAAAUUAAGUGCCAACAAUCAGCAACAAGGUACUCCAGAAAAUAAAAGACCAUCGAUUGCAAUUGAAUUUAUUCAUAAUCCAAUGACUGUCAAAGAAAUUUGGGAGGAAUUUACCAAAGGAUUCAAAGGUCAACCAGCUUUAUGUGAAUUAGAUGAUAGAUAUGGUAAAGCUCAAUGGAGAGGUGAUUCAAGAUCAAAAGAAUCAAAAAGAUAUCAAAGAAGGAAGAGAUUAUGUGAUGCAAUUAAUAAAGGAAUGGUCAAAUAUAAUAAAAGUGCUGAUGAAAUCAUCAGUUAUAUCGAAGAAUUUAGAGGUGAUAAAUCUUUAACUUGGGUUAUGAAUGGCAAUUUACCCGAAGAUUUAGUAAUGUAA